GUCGUGCACUACGAAAUGGAUUAUUUUUUCUUUUUUUCCUAUUGUAGAUGAACGCUGUCUUGUUCGUGUUGGAGACACAUGUCACGGAGACUCACGCAGGAUAACAGGAUGGCUAUGGAAUCACACCACGUGCGUCCAAACAUCUGUAUGCGAUGUGACGGGAAAUAUCCAUGGAUUUCGCGACCAUCGAACCUGCAUCUGCACGUGCUCGGAAGAAGAACGUGAAUUAUGCAGGGACGCUAAAAACGGUGAACAUUCUUCUCUCGAAAGCAGUACAAGUAACACUGACGGACCACCAACGGAGGUCCAUGAGCCCGGCGAAAAUGAGCCCGGACUGAGCCCUACGGGCACCCUACCCGGAGAGGGUGGAAACGACGCCACGGAACCGUUUAAAAACAAUACAAGUAACAUCGACGAACCGCCAACGAAGGUCCAUGAGCCCCGCGAAAAUGAGUCGGGACUGAGCACUACGGGCACCGUACCUGGACGGGACGGAAACGACGCCACGGAAUCUUCGAAAAAGAAUGACCAUCAUGAGGACCUCUUCACAGAAGAUGCCGGGGCUGCAACGCAAUCAACGAAAUUCGGUGAUUCUGAGCAAUCGUCAACCGCUAUGAGUACUUCAUCUUCCGGCGAUAACACCCUUACGGUAUCCAGCACCAAACCCUCUUCGAAGGAUGGUAGUUCUGAUGAAACAACCACAGCAUUUCCAAACAAGUCUGAAUCAUCGACAAAAAAAGACCAUCAUGUAGAUACUUCCGCCGAAGAUCAGACUACAACACAAUCAACGAAACUCAGUGAUUUAGAGGAAUCGACAGCCACUAUAAGUACAUCAUCGUCCGCCGAUAACGCCCUUACAGUAUCCAGCACCAAAUCAUCUUCGAAGGAUGGGAAUUCUGAUGAAAGCACCACAACACUUGACAACUUGGGAUCAUCAAAAAAAGACAACCAACGUGCAGAUACCUCCAACGAAGACGAUGGUUCUGUGACAGUGUCAACGAAACCCGGGAGUCCAGAGGAACUGCUAACGACAACUAAUCCUCCGUCAUCCGGGGGUAGCACCCUUACAGUACCGAGCACCAAAUCAUCAUCGAAGGAUGAAAAUUCUUAUGAAAACACGACAACAUUUGACAACAACUUGAUAACAUCGACAAAUAACGACCAACUUGAAGACACCUACGCGGAGGAUGAUGUGUCUAUAAAAGAGGCACAGACAGCCGAUGGUUCUGAGGGAUUGCUAACUACUACGAAUCCUCCAUCCUUCGGAAGUGACACCGUUGCAGUACCGGGCAGCAAGCCAUCACCGAAGGAUAAGAAUUCUGAUGAAGACAUCACAAGAUCUGACAACAACUUCGAACAAUCAACAACGACACCUAACCCCCUUGAGCCCGGCGAUGUGUUAUCGACUAAAAGUAAACAAACAAAUGUUGAUGAAACAUUUGAAAAAACUGUUACCGGAAGCACUCCGUCUGAAACAGUUGUCGGCGACGUUGAUGAACCUACAACUUUGUCACCCGGUGUCACCGACGUGGGAAUAGGCGAUACACCAAGAGCUACAGGUGAGCGAACAAGUAGCGAAUCUUCGACGCGGAAAAGUACGCCGCCGGGAAGUGUCGAUGUUUCACCGCAUUCUAAGAAAGAGGACGAUGGUGCGGGAGGAAUAGGUAUUGGCAUAGGUGCUGGCGUAGGAGGCAUAGUUGGUGGAAUCCUUACGGGCGGCAUACCGAAACCUGUUCCUGUAGGCCCAGGAGGAGGCGAGGUACCAGCCGAGCCUGGCAAUAAUAAUAAUGGCAACAAUGAUGACGAGGCACCUGACGAUAAGAGUUCUGAAGAUAAGGACGAGUCAAAGGAAGACAAGAAGAAAACACCCACAAUGAAACCCCCCACUACUACCACGACUACCACCACCACCACCACCACAGCAUCGACGCCAGCUAAACGCAGCACUACAUCGACGUCAACUACAAGCAGCACAUCAACAUCAACAAGUACAAGCACCACAACAGAAAGCCGCAAUGAUGUCUGUGAAAUUGAACCCGAAUUCGAUUUUUCAGUCGAAGUAGAUUUCAAUCAGGUCUCACUUCCUGACAGCACUCAAGUCGCCGAUGGCGGUUCGCAAGCGGAGAGCGGUAAAUCUCCAGAAGAAUCAGGAGAAGAAAAGUCCAAAGGAAGCUCAGGUGCAAGCACCGCAGUGCCAGCUUCAGAUCAGCAAGCGCCUGUCAGUACAGGCUCAAGUAGCGGCACACCAAGCGAAAGUAGUACAGGUGUUGGUGACAAGGAAUCAGAAAGCUAUUCCCAACCAACCGAAGCCGAUUUGGAAAAUGGCGCACCUGCUCACCCCAGCCAAGCCGCUGAUGGCGAUGCACAAAUAGAAAGCGGUAAAUUCCCAAAAGAAUCAGGAAAAUCCGAAGGAGACACUGCGGUUGUCGAUAUAAUUACGAGCUCCGCUGUGUCCGCCACACAACAGCAAGAGCCUGUCAGUACAGACGCGUUCAGCUCAAGCACCAGUAGACCAAGCGACAAUGCGGAGGAAAAAGAAUCAGAAAGCGGUUCCCCACCUAAAAAUUCCGCGAAACCGACCCCAGUCGAUUUGAUCCUUCCAAACGAUCCCAAUUUGAAGAUUAGAGACUGGCUGCAUGAAAUACAUGGAACGCUGGAAGCUGUAACGAUGUCUGGAGGCCAUGUGACAUUGCAUAUCAAAGUAAACGGGAUUGCUUAUAAUGUCGUCGUUGAUAUGCAACGGCUACAUGAGUUGUUGGGAGAUCAAUAAGCGCCAGCCGCGUGUUAUAUAUGUUUCGUUAUAUCGUAUAUGACUGUAGACCGUGCCAGUAAUAAAGCCUA